CGCCGGAUGUGCCUCUGUUGUUUGGCGUUAAUUUCACGGACCGUGGGAUAAACGACUGCUGCUCCCCGUGUGUUCUUGUCGACGACUUUCUGUCAGCGAAGCUGUAGUGUGGACGGUUUGUGCUCAGUGUGCCGCUCUGCUGUCCGCUGCGCUCCACCUGAAACUUUAAAUCUUCGAAAGAGGAGUUUAAUCCGCGAGAGAGCGACGCCAUGGACCCCGCCAGCCAAGAUAUCAACCUGAACUCUCCUAACAAAGCUCUCGGCGUGGAUCGCACAGACAGCCUGUCCGACGUGCCCGUGGAGGGCGCUAUGGGGAACCCAGCCAACCCUCCUCCACCUGGCCUGACGGAGGAGGAGGCGGAGGAGCUCCGCACCGAGCUCACCAAGGUGGAGGAGGAGAUCAACACCCUGCGGCAGGUUUUGUGCGCAAAAGAGAGACACGCCGCAGAGCUGAAGAGGAAACUCGGCCUCAACCCGCUCAACGAACUCAGGCAGAACCUCACGAGGAGCUGGCAGGACGUGCAGACCUCCAACGCCUACGUGAGAACGGCUGAGACGCUGGGCGAGUGGAACGAGCGGGUGACCCGUUCAGAUCUAUAUCUGUCUGCCUCGGCCACUUUGGAUGACAUUACCCACUCCGACGCGUACAAGAAGACUCAGGAGACGCUUUCCCAGGCCGGACAGAAGACGACCGCGGCUCUGAGUACAAUGAGCACGGCCCUCAGCAAGAAGAUCGGCGACAUGAGAGCUCUGCCGUUCUCUAACUCCUUUAGUAGCAACUAUUCCAUUCGCCACUCGAUAAGUAUGCCCGCCAUGAGAAACUCUCCAACCUUCAAGUCCUUUGAGGAUAAAAUGGGGAACCUGAAGUAUAAGGUCGUCGGUCAGAGAGGAAAUGGAGACGCCGUCAGCUCCCCCACCGACACCACCCCCACUCAGGAGAACCCAUCUUUCUGAACACUCGCUCCCUCCUCCACCACCUCCUCGCCGCCACCUUCUUCACGACCUUAGACUGUACUGUUACCACCUCGUCGCAGAGCCACACCUCCACCUCCACCUCAUCAGCUCGCUCUGUAGCUGGUGGCAGAGUGCACAGCCCCGCCCCGAGCCCCGCCCCCGAGCCCCGC